UCCAACUUGUCAGUCAACUCAUGCCAGCACUCUCCACGUCUGCCUCCUCUACACACCCUCAUUACAUGUGUCUGUCUGGACUGAUCUGCUCAUCUGUUCAGGGACUCUCCUGACAAGUCAAAAAUUCUGCCGCCUUCUGCUCCGGAAUUGGAUCAUAUCAGCUCAGCUUUUUUUGUAGCUCCACCAGGAGGCUUUUUGCUUAUGGUCUCAUUCCAUUUUCCUUCACCACUUGUCUGUUUUUGAUUUCUAGAAUGGAGGAAGCCGAAUUGCUGAAAGAAAGAUUCCAGGCCAUAACAGACAAAAGAAAACUGCAAGAAGAAAUUACACAGAAACGUCUAAAAGUGGAAGAGGAAAAAAUGAAACACCAACAUUUAAAGAAAAAGGCCUUGCGAGAAAAAUGGCUCUUGGAUGGCCUUAGUUCUCUCACUCCAAAAGAGCAAGAAGAAAUGCAAAGGCAGAAUCAGGAGGACCAACAACGGACUCACGAGCUGGAACAAGACAUUUUCAGACUGGAGAAGGAAAUUGAGGCUCUGGAAAGAGAGGAAAUGGAAGUCUCAGCUAAGGAAGAAGCAAUUUUAAAGAAACUUAAGUCUGUUGAGAAAACAACAGAAGACAUAAUAAAGUCUGUGAAGACUGAAAAAACAGGAGUUGAAAAAGAGGCAGCAGACUACAUAUACGCCAGCAUACCUGACCUUCCCAAGUAUUUCAGGCCUUCUGCACUGAAAAGUACAGCACAUGCUGCCACCGAUGAUGAAGAAAAGAGAAAAGCAUUGUUUGCCAUGGAAAUUAAAGUUGAAAAAGACAUGAAGACAGGAGAAAACACAGUGUUAUCAACAAUACCUCUCCCCUCAAAGGAGUUUAAAGAAACAGGAAUUAAAGUCUAUGACGAUGGCCGGAAGUCAGUCUACGCAGUGUUCUCAAAUGGCAGCACAACACAAAACGGGGUGGAUGAACUUGCUCCUGUUGAGGUGGAGGACCUGCUACGGCAAGCAACUGAAAAAAAUUCCCAGUCUCCCACAGAGUAUCAUGAGCCUGUGUUUUCAAACAAAUUUUGCAGGCCAGUUACUCCUCAGAAAGAUAAAUUAGUCCCUGGACCAAAACUGGAAGACACUCACAGAAGAGAGAUGAAUGGAUUUAGCAAUCAUCAGACAGAGUUCUCCUCCAAAACGGAGCCCUUUAUGCAGCAACGUAAAGAGAAUGGGCUUGAUCUUCCAAAGGCAAUACAGCCAAAGUCUCCCUCUCCAGUACUUUCCCAUUCAGAGAAGGAAGUGCACUCUAAUCCUGAGAACAGGAUGACAAAUAACGAAGAAAGAAAAACUUCACGUGAGCAAUUAAAACUUCACCAGAAUACAAGAGAAAGACAUAAUGAGACAAGGCUUUUAAGUCCCUGCCAUCUCAAUGAAAAAAACCCUGCACCUCAAGAUGAGGAAGAUGUUCAAUACAGCGUUGUCCAAGCUGUACCAUGUUAUGUGGAUGAUUCGGAACCUGUAACAAUGAUUUUCAUGGGUUAUCAGCGCAUUGAUGAUGACGAUGCAGAAGCAGACCAAAAGUUGUCACGAUACGAUGGGGUUAUCCGCGCAGAAUUAGUCAUCAUUGAUGAUGAUGAUGAUGAAGACGACAGCAAAUCUGAGAAGCCAGCAUAUCAUCCCAUAGGCCACUACAGUCAGGUUUAUCAGCCACCGAGCAGGAAAAUCACAGAGGUCCCACAGACGAACCCUGCGAGCAGUCUGGGCGCGAGCCUGAACAAGGUACCCCACAAAAAUUCCAUCUCCCUGCAAGAACAAGAGGAACGCUUAAGCUCACCGACACACCGUGCUCAUCUUCAAGGCCAGGUAUCUGGAGAUGGUACCGAAGAUCCCUCGCUAACAGCUCUAAGGAUGAGAAUGGCCAAGCUGGGGAAAAAGGUGAUUUAGCAGCUGUAAUGACAUGGAAGUAAAAUGUACUACCCAAAGCAGAAUAAAGCUAAGAAGAGUUUCUUCAAGACGCCUUUUCUGGAUCAUAAUGCUU